AUGGGAAAGAGUCCAGCUUUCCCAAUUUGCAGCAUGGAAUUGAGAAGAGAAUGGAACAAAUUUGGCAGUGUACACUUGACAACACUUGGUAUGGGAUGGAUUCUAUGCUCUUUUAAAAAUACUGAUACAAUGGAAGAAGUAUUAAAUGGUGGCCCAUGGUAUGUUGGAAGGAACAUUGUGGGAAUGGAUAGAUGGUCUCCUUCAUUUGAUCCUAAAUCAUUCAAGGGAAUUACAACACCUGUAUGGAUUCAGUUUCCAUGUCUACCUCUCGUUUGUUGGGAUGAGGACAAUAAUGCAAGGAUAGCUUCCUUUAUAGGUAAACCAUUGUUUCUUGAUAGAAACUCUUUCAAAUGUGGGAAAAGAGAGUAUGCUCAAAUUUGUGUUAAAAUAAACCUGGAAAAUAAGUUACCAAACAAUGUUUGGGCGGAUGGAACUUUAGGUAGAUUUUUUCAAAAAGUGGAGUAUGAGAAGAUUGAUCUAUUAUGCUACCAUUGUGGCAAAGUAGGUCAUGAGAGAAUUACUUGCCCGGAUGAUAAGACAAUUCCAAAAGCAAUGCAACCUGUGAAGCAGGUAUUUAAACCUGGAAAUGAUGUCCAAGUGCCAGUAGAGGCAAAGGAUUCUGAUGUGGGAAAUUCGGAGUAUGGACCAUGGAUUCAAGUCAAAUUUAAGAAUAAUAAAUUCAGGAAUGGAAGAUUCAAUGGGGGAACCAAAUUUGUGAACAAAACUAUUAAGGAUUCCCUCAUAAAGAAUAUAAAUUAA